UCUCAGACGUCAAAACGCCCAGCGUGAUUUGUAUAUAAAUGAAUUAUACAUUGUUUUGAAUCCAAUUUGAUUGCUCAAAAGAGAUCAUACGGUUGCUCAUGUCAUCUACGUGGUUUGUGACUAGUGCGUGCAUCAAAAUUCCUUCACAGAGUUGUGACAGAAUAUCCUUUGUUGGAGAAAUCAGUUGACCAUCAUGACUCAAGAAUUUUUACCUUUAUGUGAUGUGUUAUUCAACAUCAUUUCGAUGGCGUCCUAUUUUUGUGACGUCGUUUUUGACGUUAUUACUGCUUACACAUUGUAUCAACAACAGCAAUACGUUUGGCUUACCUUGGCCGUAUUAUUCAUCACCUCAUCAUUGAUUGUCAGUCAAUUGCUCUCGGCCAAAUGGUUUCUUGAGCGACACUCAUCCUGCCAACCAACAAACGACGAGGAUAAUGACGAGAAAGAUGUCAACAGAGGAUCGCUGAUAGCUAUGCAUUUGGCCGGAAUAGGUGUUUUGUGGCGGUACUCUAAACUCUUCAUUCCGGUGGAUUUGAGAAUUGUGAAACAUGAAGUGCGUGACCUGUGCAUGCUCCGGUUGGUCCACGCCUUUAUCGAGGCUGCACCAAUGUUGUUGGUUCAGUUAUAUUUGAUAUGGCUGAAGCCGCAUCGAGAUGAGGUUAAAGACUUGAACAUAGUGUCGACCGUGUUGUCGUUGGUCAGCGUUUGCUGGGCUUUGGCCUCUUUCAACAAAAACGUUCGCCGGCAGAACGUUCACAAACUGGUGCUGACUUGGCUAGGAGUCAUUUUCCAAUUCCUUUGGCGGCUAGGAACAGUGACAUCGCGAGCAAUCGCGUUGACCGUCUACGCCACCGUCUACGGUUACUGGGUGUUCCUGGUGAUCGGCUUGCACUGGUUGAGCAUGUUCUUUUGGCUAAUAUCUCCCCGCAACGUCUUCCACGGCGACAAAAUGUCCAAGAUUAAGAAAGACGCCUAUUGCGCCCUCAUUGCUGUCGUCUACAUCUUUUGCUACGUCAAUUUACAACAUGUCAAUCCCCGCAUGAAGAUGGCUGCUUUCUACGUUACCAUGUUUCUGGAAAACACCCUUCUGGUAGCCGUUUGGCUCAUUGGUGUUCAUCAUGAAGAGCCCUGGUAUCACGAGCUAGCUACCGUCACCAUGUUUCUUUCGUUCGUCGUCGGCGUUAUUUUCCUGGGCAUUUAUUAUCGAUACUUCCACGUCAAGCGGCUGAGUUACCCAUCGACGGGGUCAUACCCGACCAACAAUAACCCACCCGAGCCAUAUUCUUACGUCACGCCUUCCGGCACCUACGUCGUUAGCGAGAGCAUUUCAAAUCCGGAUGGUCUAUCAAAGAAUUGUAGCAACAACCCAAAUUCCGGCACGUUCAUCAAGCAAAAUGGCCAUACAGUUUACUGCACCGAGAAUCCCCCGUACGUCCCUGGCGUAUUCAACUGCCGAUUUAAUCCAGCAAUGAUGCGGAAGAAGAAGAAACCAACGACAUUCGUUCCUCCGCCAGUGCCCGUUUUACCUUCCAUGACGGUGAAUGGUGGCGGCAAGAUGUCGCAGCCAUUUUGGAAGCGACCCUUGCAUCCGCGUUCGGGUUCCAGCGAAAAUGAGGGUAGCAUUUGCUCGCGCAUAGACAUCCAGCUCAAGUUACAGGAAAAGAAGCGCCAACAACUGGCAGAGUUGCGUGUCAUCGAGGAGGAAAUCAAACAGGGCAAGCUUAAAAGGCCGCCCCAGAGUGAUGUUAGCGAAUCUGGCACACUCAAACAGCCCAUUCCUCGCUCGAAGAAACAGCCGUGGCCAAGUGGCCCUUCGAUACCGGAUCCGCCGAUUUUCGCCUACGGCUCUCAAGGUGAAUCAGGACAUCGAAAAUACCGAUCCAAGACACCAGAAAUCCUUCUAUCAGCGCAUCAUUUGGAGCAUUCGCGAGUGUAUUACGAUUACUGCGAUCCGCGCUGGAGAAACGGACCGUCAUACCACCCUCAGGGUUCGGUGGAGUCUGGCACGGGUCAAUGGGAUCGAACGUACACGGUGACGUCCGUGAGUUCCAAAAGCGGUGGCGGCGGUGGUGGUGGUGGUGUCAUUUACAAGUCCUACCGCAACCCGUCUGACAUUGACAGUCAAAUCUCACUGCCGCGGUCGUAUACGCUGCCGCGUGAGUUCAAGUACAAGAAGCCAAAGUCUCGCAAAGCCAUCCGCACGGAGCAUUUUAUUCACUCGACAAAUUCCAGCGAUGGUGACGUUGAUUCAGCUGACGACAAUGACGUGGACAAUACCCAGGGUUCGGUUAUGCCACCCUCUCUGCCGCCACACCCACACGCACUUCCGUACAACGCUUACGGCAACCGCAAUCGAAUGCAAUCGCCCUUCCGAGGUUGGGGUUUGCCCAAUCAGCACGAAACGAAGCUUUAAAACAGGGAACAACUGACAGGAAGACGUUUUUGCAUUUCUGUAAUACCAGACGCAACCACCCCCAACAGAGAAGAAGAAAAACAAGAAAAACAAGAAACAUAAAAACUCCACCGUGAAAUGCUCACUCUCCGUUUACGGGUCGUCUCCAGGACUUGGUUCCUUUUGUUGUUGUUGUUGUUGUUGGAUUGUUACCCCACUCUUUUCCCGCAUUCUCAUCAUCUUGUUUUUUUCCUUCACCUGAAACUCAACCCACCUUGCACAAUCCCCGAAAGAUAUUGACCAAAAGUUGACCUUUUCUCGAUUUUGACGCAAUGUCAUGAAAAGAAGUAUUUUCGGCGAGGUUUUGUUGUUUUUGGUUUUUUUUUCGAAAGUGAUUGAUUUUCAUGCGUUUGUGUGAUCAGCGGACAGGCAUUUUUUGUUUGUUUUUUUGGAAUUGGUUGUACAGUUCCGUCCAUUAUCACUUUUUGUGUUUAUUUUCUACCGCAUUCGCAUUUUUUUUUAUAUAAUUUUGAUUUUGCUACGAAUCUGUUGUUGAAGGCCUUUUUUUACAAGCGCCGUGUUUCAUACUUUCUGUAACCAGAAGUGCCACAGGUGAACGUUUGUUAUUAUAAUUAAUUGUAUCGUGUUUCUCUAUCGACUGAGCCAACUGUAUUUAAGACUACAAUUCCAGAGACGGACACACACACAAAAAAAAAAGAAACCCACAACGAAAAGAAAAAUGUCCGAUCCCGUCCAAAAUGUUUUUCUCUUCGUGCUACGCAAAAAAAAAAAAUAAUAAUAAUAAAAACCGUUCUCGCUCUAUUAUUGCAAUUCAGAUGACAUGUUUUCCAGUUGAUUUGUUUCCUGAAUUAUAUCUAUUGAUGAAUCAAAA